AUGAUCGAUCUCAAGAUCGUGAGCAGCCUGUGCGUGCACCCCUGCGCCUUUGCCUGGAAGCUCAACCGCGGCAUCCGAGGCAUGCCUCAAGCCAUGCUCGCCAUGCGACAAUUUCAACCACCGGCACCAGCAGCACCAGCAGCAGCUGGAGCAGCUGGAGCAGCAGGAGGAGGAGAGGGUGGGAAAUCUCUGGGUGGUAGCCCUGAUGCCGCUGGUGGAAGCAAAGUGCAAGGCAAAUCGCGUGGCGGGGUUGUGCAGAACGAGGUGCGGUGUCUGGAGCGCAACAGGGAGGCGCUGAGCCCAGCGUGGGCGGCCAUGGAGGAGCAGCAGGCUGUGCAGCUGUCCCCCAAGCUGGCAGCCGUGGUGGCGAUCGUGCGCACGGCGAUGCUCAUGGGCGAGAAGGUGGUGGUGUUUGCAGAGGAGCACGUUCACCUGGACCUCGUGGUGGGGUCGCUGUGCCACGCCCUGAACUGGACACAAGACGAGCAGGUGUUGAGGGUGGACGGCAGCAUGACUCAGGCGCAGCGCAGCGACGCCUUCGAGCGGUUCCAGAAGGAGGUGGUGCCGCAAGCAGCGGUAAUGGUGGCGGCCGUGAAGGCAUGCGGGCUGGGCAUCGACUUCACCGCGGCCUCGCGAGUCGUCAUGCUGGAUGCUCUCUGGAACCCGGCCUCUGACCAGCAGGUGUGA